AUGGCUACGGCCGCCAUUGGCGCGCGCCUAUUGCAGUUCAAAUGUGAGGAGCAGAAAGUGCAUCACUCGAGUUCCGGGGUAUGGAGAACGGAGCAGUACGCUGCUUGGCGCCAACGGUGCGGCCGUACGGAUUACUUGCAGGGGCACGGGAGUAUGGGGCAAUUGUUGCGGUCCGAGAAGCGGGGCCUGGCCGCGGCUGCGCAUCACGAGACCCAUUUUGCCAUUGAGUACGGACAAAAGCCCUCACCACCAAAGGUGGUGCUCGACAGCAAGGCGGGCCGGACACCAAGGCGGGCCAAUUUUCAACCUAAUAACGCUAUUAACCUCUUCGCCUAUAAUGUACACCCUUCUCGUCCCAAAUUUCUACAGUACGACAGGGAGAGUGGCGAAAAAGGCAUGUGGCGCCUGAAGCCAAGCGAGAUCUUGCCCGACGAAAAUGCGAUUCGCGCCAUGAUCAAGCCUGAGGAGGUCAGUCUUCUGGAUGCCAUGCAGCUGGGAAUCAAGGAGCUCGAGGACGCCGGCUACGAUCCCCGAAAUGCCAACAUUGACGAUGACGUCAUGGACAUGGAUGCUGAAGAAGACGACGAGGAUGAGGGCGGAAGCAAGGCGCCCAAGGGCGCCAAGAAGCCUGGCGAAAAGCAGGAAGAGACACUUGCCGACAAGAUGGCACCUUGGAAAACUACAAAGGCCUUCAUCGACGCCUGUGCGCAAAAGGCCAUGCUCCAGCUGCACGGCGAGGGUGACCCGACUGGACACGGCCUCGGCUUCAGUUUCAUCCGAACGUCCAUGAAGGGAGGGUACAUUGAGGCUGUUCAGGGCCCGUUGGCCACGUCGGCCGACGCCAUGGAGCGUGAGAAGCGCGCUAACGGCGGCCACGCCUAUAACGUCAAGAAGCAACAAGCAAUGUACGAGGAGGGCAUCAAGGAGAUUUGGGAGAAGCAAAAGGCAACGCUGUCCGACGCCCGGGAGCACGACGACAAGGACGUGGCAGUCACGGAAGACGAGGAUGAUCGAUUCAACGUUCACGCCGCCGCGACGCCGGCGCAAUUCGACGACGGCACCAGCCAAAUUAGUGGCUUCACAUCGGCUAGUCGCCAUGUCAAGAAAGCCAUCCGCAUCACGAGAGAGGUCCGCCUGCAGGACGGGUCGACGCAGACGCGAACCGAGGUCGUCCACGAUCCCGUCGUCAUCUCGCAGUAUAUGAAGCGGCGAACCGAGGCAGACUUGGAACUUAAGGAGGCGCUUCACAAGUGGGCGUGCCUGGGUCACACGCAUCUCGGCCCCAAGAGACGACAAGUGCCGUCUCCAGGCGCUGUUGCCGACUACGUUGGGUUGGAGUUACGAGCACCUGCUUACGUCUACCUCUCCACAGCAUCUACAGCUCCCGGCCUACGGGCAAUGCCGACCAUGACCGCCUUGCGGGCAUUAGCUCGAUGCAGAAUCAAAAAGGAACUCGAGAGACUCGAAAAGAACAAGGCCCGACGACAGGCCCGAGAGCAGCAAAAAGAGCUGCACCAAAAGGCCAGCGCUGGCGAGGCCGUUGACGUUUGGCCAAUGGCCCACCCGUACUCGACCUUACCUAAUUCGGAGUGGCUUUUCUUGUUCCGCCUUACCGCCAUGCGCGCCUGCUGGUCGUGGGAAACUACGGUACGGUACGGUACGACUGAUGAUUCUUCAGGGCCCUGCGCACGACCGAUACAGAUGCAUGGUGAUGACGCGGAAAAAGCAAAAAACAUGGGCACAGAAUCCCUAACUCCAGGGAGCCGCGGCUGA